UCAUGGUUGUGAGUAAAACAUCAUUGUUAUUGUGUGUUAAGGAAAUGAACAACAUGGUGAUUGUUUCCUUAAGCUCUCUGGUGCUCCUCUUUGGUGCCAUGGUUGAACUCCCUCAAGCACUUGCACACUCUCCUACUAAACCACCUCUUCACAACGCUCCAUCUGAGGCACCAUCUCCCACUUACGACCCUCCAACUCACACAACACCCUCCUUUUAUAAGCCACCAACUCAGAAACCACCGUUCGAGAAACCACCGUUUUACACUUCACCGUUUGAGAAACCCCCACUCUAUAAGCCACCGUUUUACGAGUCUCCACCCUUUGAGAAACCACCACUCUUCGUGCCACCCUUCAAGACGCCACCUUUUCCGAUGCCACCCUUCGAGAAACCACCACUUUCUGCACCGCCAUUUACCAUGCCACCCUUUGAGAAACCACCGCUUUUUGUGCCACCCUUUAAGAUACCACCGCCACCACCGCCACUUCACAUGCUACCUUACCCUAAGUUCUUUCCCAUGUACUGCACUUGCUUCUGAAGCAGUGUUACAUGUCUACAGUUGCAUUGAUUUCUGCUAAAUAAGAGGUAGCUGCUGCAUGCUACCACUCUCUGUCUUCUCAGUAUUGUUAUAAUUAAGGUGCAAUGUAAUACUUGUGUGUGUUAUGAAUGCUUUUAUUUGAAUAUCAAAAGAAUAUAAAUGUUGUUUACUUUCAAAA